AUGCGAAAGUGGACAGCUGCGCGGCUCAUGCCAAUGGAAACAACCUCUCCACCAGGCCACGACGAGGCUAUGGGCAGCGCUCUUCCAUAUGCUGAUAGUCGUCUAGGAAGACUACCCACAGAGCUUCUUCAGUCCGUUAUCGAUCAUUCCUCGCACUUCCGUCUUCCUAGCAUCGCAUGCAUAAGCCCUGAGCUGCGCGCGCUUGUCGAACGACAGCUAUAUCGCGACGUGGUCCUAGGCUGGAACAGUACGCGGGACUUCGCGGGAGAUCUAUGGCCAUUCUACCGGACAAUCCAGUCACGGCCGGAUCUGUCCAGGAAGACCGAAUAUCUCGUCAUCAAAGUCGUUGAUCGCAUGAUAAGUAUUGAGGUUCCCACCCUUGGUGUUGUACCACAGAGCGCAAUGUUCCCCUCUACUAUCCGAGCAGAAAUAGAAGAAAUGCGCAUCGCGUGCGCUCUUCUCUUCUGGCAAAUGACCGAGCUCGAAUUCCUUAGCUUGUCGAUUGUACAUGCCGACGAGGACGACGAUGGCAGGCCCAGGCUCGUUUCCAAGUGCUUGAGCAAACUCAUCUCCCAUUUCGAUAAUCGCACAGCACAUCUCACGACGUUUCCUGGACUAAAAAAGCUACGAAGCCUCAGAUUCGAAGGCACUGAGUUCCACUGGGUACUCGCCAAGUCCCCAAAUCUGGAGGAGAUUGUUCUCACUCGUGCCAGCCACAUCCUGGCCGACGGAGACUCGUCUGCGAUCAAUACUGCUGUCCAAUCUCUCACAUUCCCGGUACAAUCCGCCGUUCUCAAUCCAGCUUGUAGCCACUACGACGCCUUGUCUCCCUUCCUCGCACACUUCCCUCACUUGGAGACUCUGCGUAUGCCUUUCAACGAUGCCGACGAAGGAGUAGCCGGACCCCGUUCACACUUCAAUCUCGAUCGCGACGAUCAGGGUAGCUAUACUGUCUUAUUCCAGAAGCUCAUGUCAGUGGCGCCUGUCUUAACAAGGCUGGAACUAGACGCAUCCACCCACUGCAGUGAGGAGGACACCAGCUUUCUAGACCACGUACUACCCGGAGAUGGCUUCCUUAUUUUGAAGGCGCUCAAGCAUCUUUUGGUACCUUAUCAGUGCCUGUUCGGACGAGGUGAGCCACAAUGGGCGCAUAUCCAGCAACCGGCGGAUGAGAUGCUGCCCCCAACUCUUGAGACCUUGAAGGUCCAUUUCCCAGAACUCGCAUUCCUUGACUGGCUUACCACCUUGUCUUACUAUCGGAAGCAGCUUCCUGUGCUGGAGCAUAUUGGCACCGUCUACAACCCCACUCCUGGUGACGACUCGGAGCUAGCCCCACCGCCAGUCGUUCUCAAAGGGCAAGCGGACAGUGAAAGUGCAGUCGAACUCAAUCAUGAUGCUCAAUACACCGCCGCCGAACUAGAUAUCUUGUUGGAAGCAUCCACUACCCUGCUCUACGAAUGGUAG